AUGUUGCUGCAUGCCGUUCGAACGCCACAGGGUUCUUCUUCGUUUGUAAUUAUCAGUCGGGAGGACAGGUGGAUAAUUGCAAUAGUUGCCCAUGGGGAAUCAAGGAGAGCACCUACUGCCAAGAUGAAGGAGGUGGUGUGCUUGACCCUUAUCAUUCUGGCGUUGGUUGCAUGUGCUGGAUUCCGUACGCGACAUAUGCCUUUCCGUCGUUUCGUAUCUAACUAUUCUGUCUGUUUGAUCUUCCUUCUGUUUGCCUUGUGCAUAUUAAUGCGUCGCCGUAGACAACCCGUCGAGAAGGAGAUGACCACAUAUGGGCAAAACGGCUUCACCGCCUCUACUCCAGCAUCGCGUCCACUACUGACAGCUGCUUACCGUGCCGAACAACCGACACCACAGCCACGCUCUCAACCACCCAGUCUCGAUGCCCGACCAAUGAAGUCAUCAAUCCGAAAAGCGAUGUCACCACCGGACCAGUACAACGACAGUCGUGACACGAGUUUCAACAGCGAUUCACCGUUGGGAAUGAGACAGAGCCGUAGUGCGGUCGUCUGA